AUGCCUUCUCUCUCAAGUUUCAUUCAUGCCCUGAGCAUAGUAGGCGCACUCGGUUCGAGCGCGACCGAAUCCUCAAAGCAAUUCUCCCAAGAAUUUCGCGACAACUACAGCAUAUUAAAACAUUACGGCGGUAACGGCCCUUACUCCGAGCGUCGCUCGGACGGAAUCUCACGCGACCCGCCCGCAAGUUGCGCCGUUGACCAAGUGAUUAUGAUCAAGCGUCAUGGCGAACGCUACCCUUCUCCGGCCUUGGGCGCAGGCAUCGAAAGCUCCCUCUCCAAACUCGACCCCAAACGCACAUAUAAGGGCGAUCUCUCCUUCUACAACGAUUGGUCCUACUACGUUCCCAAUAAAUGCCUGUACAACGCGGAGACAUCCUCGGGUCCAUAUGCUGGGUUGUUAGAUGGCUAUAGCCACGGAACUGAGUACCGGGAUCGGUAUGGGCACCUAUGGGACGGGGAUGCUAUCGUGCCCAUGUGGAGCAGUGGGUAUGGACGGGUGAUCGAGACGGCGCGCAAGUUCGGAGAGGGCUUCUUUGGAUAUAAUUAUUCGACCAAUGCGGCGCUGAACAUUAUUUCGGAGAGCGAGACCAUGGGCGCGAAUUCGCUGACGCCGGUCUGCUAUGCGGAUAAGGAUACUGCUACCUGCGAUGGUUUGACGAAUACUAUGCCGCAGUUCAAGGUCGCUGCGGAGAGACUCAAUACUCAGAACCCGGGACUGAAGCUUAACGAGACGGAUAUCUACUAUCUCAUGUCGAUGGCAUCAUUUGAACUGAAUGCUCGUUCUCAUUCCGAAUGGAUCAAUGUCUUCACCCAGGAUGAGUGGGUCAGUUUCGGCUAUGUCGAAGACUUGAACUAUUAUUAUUGCGCAGGACCUGGAGACAAGUCCAUGUCCGCCGUUGGAUCCGUCUACGCCAACGCAAGUCUCACCUUGCUGAACGAGGGUCCUCAAAAGUCUGGUCCUCUCUUCUUCAACUUCGCCCACGACACGAAUAUCACACCUAUUCUCGCAGCUCUCGGCCUCCUCACCCCCGAAGAAGAUCUUCCCCUGGACAGAAUCCCAUUCGGAAACCCAUACUCAACAGGCGACAUCGUACCUCAAGGUGGUCAUUUCACAAUCGAGCGUCUGAGCUGUGAUAAGACAGCGGUCUCAAAAGCAGGCAGCUAUGUCCGUCUCGUGCUUAACGAGGCAGUCGUUCCUUUCAACAAAUGCACAUCAGGCCCGGGCUACUCAUGUCCCCUGGAGGAAUAUUCUACGAUCGUGAAGGGGAUACUGCCUGACUAUGUUGGUCAGUGCAAGGUCCCGCACAAGGACCCGAAAAGUCUGAGCUUUUGGUGGAACUUCAAUUCUACCUCUGAAUUGAACUACCGGAAGGGUCCCAUUCCUUGCCAGGAGGCGGAGGCUGACCGCUGA